GCUUUUUUUGACCUAGCGGGCAAAUCUAGAGCGCGCACUUUCCAAUUUUUUCCCUUAAACAUGCCAGACGGUGAAAAGCCCGUGAUACCUCCUGCUCCUGCAAUACACAUAGAGCGAACGUUAGCGUUAUUUAAGCCAGACGCAGUUCACAAGAGCGAUGAAAUCGAAGAAAUUAUACUUCAACAUGGUUUCACCAUUUUGCAGAAAAGAAGAGUGCAUAUGACACCAGAACAGACAAGUGAUUUCUACGCCGAACACUAUGGUAAAAUGUUCUUCCCAAGCCUUGUGGCUUACAUGAGCAGUGGGCCAAUUUUUGCUCUUGUCUUAGCAAGGAAAUCAGCAAUUACCUACUGGAGACAGCUGAUUGGACCAACAAACACGCAAAAAGCAAGAGAUCAGGCACCAGAAAGUUUGAGAGCAGUCUAUGGUACAGACAGCACCAAAAAUGCUCUUCAUGGAAGUGACAGCUACUCAAGUGCAGAAAGAGAAAUACAUUUUUUCUUUCCUGAUAGUGUUGUGGAACCAGUUUCAACUGGGCAAGCAGCCAAAGACUACCUCACAAGAACAGUAACUCCAACUUUACUCAAAGGACUCACAGAAUUAUGCAAGAUGAAGCCUGCUGAACCAAUAAUUUGGUUGGCAGAUUGGUUAGUGGUGAACAAUCCAAACAAACCAAGAGUUCAAGAAGAAGGUUAUACUGUUGAAGAACCAGAUGACUAAAGCUGAUUCUCAGAUGUUUGACUCAGCUUCUUAUAAAUUGACAAGCAGAAAAAGGAAAAAGAAAGCAAUCACUGUAAACUUUACUUCAUGAUACAGCUCUAUUGUUUAAUUUUUCCGGUUAUAAGUACAUACAAAAUAGAAUCUGCUUUCUUGAUGGUAUUUACAUUUGAAUUUUAAACAUAUAUCUUGAAGUAUGUUACAUUUACAGCUGUUCUUAAAUAUUUAUCAUUGUUCUGUUGAGGAACAAUGUUAUUAUACUGACAACGAUUGUUUGUUGUUAAUUUGGUUUGUAUUACUUAUUGUCUUGAAGUUUUUCUUUACAGUCAAACAAUUUGUUGUAAAUAUCACAUAUCGUUAGAUGGAUAAUAACAAUACUUUUACUACUUUAGAAACUAAAAAUUUUGCUAUGAAUGUGAUGAAUCUGAGUUGUUCUUGAUUAGCUGAUAUUUUUGUUAACCAUGUGGUUUCAGCGAGUGUGAAGUUUAGGUUGGGAACAACACUUUUGACAGAAAAAAAAUUUGAAAUUUUCAGUUGUGCAAGUUGUGCGCCUCGUCAAUUGAGCGGACAUUACCUAAUUAAGAUACGCAGCUUGUAUGUAGCAGUAGGUAUGCAGCAAGGCACAGGUGUAGUUGAAAUCCAAUUUUUGAGGAGCUACAGUAAAUUGUGAACUGUAUCACCAUUUUUAAGGAUCACUGACCAUUGGGUGAUGAAAAAAAACAAGAUUUAAGAGAAGACAGAGUAAAAAUACCUCUGAAGGCGACGCCAAGAACUGGCUUGUGGAACAAGACUUGCCUCUGUCUUGAUUAGUGAUUAACAAUGAAUAAAGGAAACAUACCUACAAGUACGUA